AUUUUUAGUCAUGUGUCUGAUGUGGUGAAACAGGAUGUUUAUGCUGACAACACAAUGUCCAUUUUGCCGGAAUAAUAGAGACACAACAAUUACGAAAUAGAAAAAUAAAAUAAAAAUAAAGCAAAAAAAGUUUUUGUGUUUUUAAACCUAAAAGUGAAAGUGAUUAAAUUGAUUUAAUUUAAUUUAUAUAAUCCGUUAAAAAAAAAAACAUAGAAAGCAUAAAAGAAAAUGUUAUAACUAUAAUAGACAGCUGUGUUGAAAUUUUGCCCAAAACAAAAGUAAAUUGUUAUUAAUAAAUUGAAUACCUUUUUUGAAAAAAAAAAACGAGACCCAAACAAAAAAUAAAAAAAAUUAUAUUAAAUUUUAGUAAAUAUUUCGUUGAAAUUUUUUUGUUUCCUUCUAUAUAAAUAUUGUUUUAACCUUCAGCUUUAAAAGUUAUAUUUAUUUACUCUCUUUUGGGUUAUUAAUAUUAUUUUUGGCAAUUGUCAAAGUGUUUGAGAAUGUGUGCGUGUUAAGUGUUUUAUUAUACUUUUGGUGUUUCGGUAAAGAAUAAAGAUACGUGUUAAUGUUUGAGUUACUUUAAUAAAAAUAUCAAAAAAAAAAAAAAAAUACAACAACACACAACAUUGAAAGGAAUUUUGCUAGAGUUUGUGAGUGCAGAAAACUAAAAUUCAGCAACAUGGCGAUGGAAUGGAUAACUGCUAUGGACAAGAGACCUUGUGACCGUAAUCUGCGAGAUGUUGAAUUGAUAUCCUGUCGUCUGCGUCGAGUGGAGCCGCUGUGUCGCCUUCCUGGCUCAGCAUUGCAGCAAUUGGCCAUGUGCGGUUUUUAUGAAGAUCUUGAAAAAGGCGUUACACUUUUUCGUGCCGGUGAACAAGGUCGUUUUUGGUAUGCUGUUUUAGGUGGCUCUUUGGAGGUUCGCUAUCAUGCCACCGAUGCCGAUGGAAAGUCACCAGUAACUUUGUGUAAUUUGGGUGUUGGAGCAACUUUUGGGGAAUCAAUAUUACACGAUUUACCACGUGAUAGUACUGUGGUAACAAAGACAACCUGUGAGCUGUUACGUGUGGAACAACAGGAUUUUCGUUUAAUUUGGGAGGCCCCUAAAAAUCAUUAUAAUUGCAAUUUUGAAACGCAUUGUCCUCAAGGCUGUAUGAAAAACAAGGAAUUAAUGAAUGAUAUUAUCACCAGUUGUAAAUUGAAAAAUGGUUUCGGUCCUGCUGUUCAACAACAACAACAAACAAAUUCAUCACCCACAAAACGACCAUUAAGUCCUGAUCAUCCAAAUCCGGCGCUACCAAUAACAGAGUCUCCUAGUCCUGCUAUGAAUCGUAUGGGAUGGGCUUUACGAACAUUAUUGGUUGCUGACAGCUCAAGUUGUUUAAAGGAUAGAAAAGUUUCUGGCAAACUUAUACGUAAGUGUGCUCCUGGUACUGAACUAGUAGAUUGGUUGGUGAAUUUAUCGCCCAUUGUUCAUACAAGAGCCCAAGCGGCUGGCAUGUGGCAAGCUUUACUGGAGGAAGGAAUAUUAUCACAUGUUAACAAAGAACAACCCUUUAAGGAUAAAUGUUUUCUAUAUCGAUUUCGUGUUGAUGAAGAAGGUACCGCGGGCGGUCACCCCUCCACAGACGAUCUAAAUGCUAGUAAUGAACAUGUACGUGAAGCUUUAAGUAGUCUGCUACAGCGAGGACCUGACGCUACGUUACGUAUGAUUUUACGAAAACCCUCACAUGAACGCACACCCGAAGAAUUAGAAUUGGUAUUUGAGGAACUUUUACAUAUUGCAGCAUUAUCGCAUUUAUCAACAAGUAUUAAACGUGAAUUAUCAUCGAUUAUUGUUUUUGAAUCUCAUGCACAAGCUGGUACCAUCUUAUUCAGUCAAGGUGAUGAGGGACGUUCUUGGUAUAUAAUACUGAAAGGUUCCGUGGAUGUUGUAAUACAUGGCAAAGGCACUGUGGCCACCCUUAAGAGUGGUGAUGACUUUGGUAAACUGGCUUUGAUUAACGACGCACCCAGAGCUGCUACCAUAGUUUUGAAAGAAAACAAUUGCCAUCUGUUGCGUGUGGAUAAAGAACAUUUCAAUCGUAUUCUACGUGAUGUUGAGGCAAAUACUUUAAGAUUACAAGAGCAUGGUAAAGAUGUUUUAGUUUUAGAACGUGUUGCAAAGCAAAGAGGACAGCAUUCGGCAUUUAAAUACACUGUCAUGUCGGGUACACCUUCAAAGAUGUUGGAACAUUUAUUAGAGACUCGUUUGGGUAGUCAAGUCAGCGGUGUGGAUCCUUUCUUAGAUGAUUUCCUGCUGACACAUAUUGUUUUUAUGCCAGUUGUACAGCUGGUGGAUGAAUUGGCUAAUUAUUUUCAUUGUGACACCAAUGACGGUGCCCAAACUCCCGACGAUCGGGAAUAUAUAGUGAAUUUCAAGAAACGAGUUAUACAAUUUAUGCAAAAAUGGGUAAUGGCUGUACGACAUGCAGCCUUCGAUGAGCCCAGUGUCUGUGAUUUUAUCGAAGAAUUAGCGGCCGAAGUCGAAGCCGAUCCGGAGCUACAGGAAGAAACUAGUAUUAUACACAACAUACUCACACAAAUGGCACGCUAUCAAGAUGAUCGUAAUCAGAAUGCCGGACAAAAAUGGAAACUGCCACCAAAUGGUCAGCCUAUAUGUUUGUUUAGUGGUAAUUUAACACCCUCGAAAACCGUUAUAAGGCCGGAUGAUGAUAUUAUAUUCCGUGUGUAUUGUGCUGACCACACAUAUUGCACCCUGCGUUUUCCAUUGCAUACGACAGCGGAAAUAAUUAAAGCCUGUGCUGCCGACAAACUACAAUUGAAUCGUGGCCCCGAGGAUUUAUGUUUAGUAGAAGUCAAAUCGAAUGGUGAACGUUCUGUUUUCAAGGAUAAUGAUGUUAGUAUACCCACUGGUUUGAGUUUAAAUGGACGUCUCUUUGUCUCCGUUAAGGAUCAUCUAGAUGCAUUGACACCUUUGUCAGAGCAAGAGGGUCCUACGGAAGGCAUUGAAAUUGAUUUGGAAUUGUUGAGUACCAAAGAAUUAGCAUAUUAUAUAACAACAUUUGAUUGGGAUCUAUUUUGGGCGGUGCAUGAAUAUGAACUGCUGUAUCACACCUUUGGUCGUCAUCACUUUGGAAAGGUGAGUUUUUUCCGAUUUAAAUUAAUAAUGUUUUAUUUAGUAACAAUUAGUGUUGAACAAAUAGGGGCUAGUAAUAUAAAAAAAAAAAUAAAAAAAAAAUCGAAUUUAACUUGUAAUAGAAUUUGUAAACAAAAUUUAGUUAAAUCAAUAAAAUACAAAACUAAACUCACUUCCCCCCUAUUACAAAUUUUUAGCCAGGAUAUCGUGUGGUAAGUUUUAAAUGAAAAUAAAAUUUAAAAAAAUUAAAGCUAAAUGUGUUCGUUACAAAACUACCGUUGUUAAAUUGAAUGCUUAAUUAAGUUUUAUUUGUGGCGAAAGAAACAAAAAACAUAUUGUAUUUAAAACAUGUAAUAGUGACAAAAUUGGCAAAGCCGAAUUUCAAAUACCCUUCACCAUUGUGAUAUUUAUGUUUUUUUAAUAAUUUUUUUCUUAAUUUUGAAAA